AUGUCGGCGAGGUCGGUAAAUGGACGUGAUCACUCGGGAGAAUGCAUCGUCGACGAUUCGCCGAGAAACUCGCCAACGAAAAUCGCGAACGAGUGGCGUACCGAGACAAAAUCGUCGUUUCGACCACCACAGGACGACGAGGUGCAAUUAAUCGGACGUCGCAGGGAAUUGGUGAAGAAGUACCUCAACCUGCUCGUCUCAAAAGAGACCGUAGACGAAAUGAUAGCCGGCGUUCCCUUGGAAAACGACUGCUUCACGGAAUACAUCGACAACUAUUGCGACAUUAAUUUUACACCCCUAAUGGACCAUCCGGAAUACGACGAGAGCAAAUUUUUGAAGUACCCUUUGUACGCCGGCGGAGCGCGAACAUUUUACAAGGAGCAGCUAGACCGAGGCAACAUGGCCGGCCCGAAGAAGCGUCGCAACUUCAUCGAACCUUUUCGUCGAAACAGUCGCUUUACAACCCCCAUUGAGCUCGCCCUGGAAGACGCAUUUGACGAGCAUUGA